AAACAAAACGCAAAACAAUCUCUGUUAUCAACUUAGCUCGCCUUGCCCGGAAACGACAGUAACUUGUCGGAAAAAAAAAAGAAAACAAAACGCAAAACAAUCUCUGUUAUCAACUUCGCUUGCCUUGCCCCAGUUAAAUACAGAGACGUUUUUAUUCAUUGUUGUAUUUUUGUCAAAAGUCUUCUCAUCCUCAUUUUGUCAAAAGCCUUCUCAUCCUGCAAACUUUUAAAUCUGUAAACACAUUUUCACUGGUCUUCUUGUUCAUCUCUUUCCACGCCAAGCUCAAAAAGGGAAAACAGAAAAAACUCUUAUUGUUUUUCGACUUUUAUUACAAAUAAGCGAAGGCCGAUCUAUUCCGUAUUGGGGCGUUCUUAACUCUGAUCAGAAUUGGCUUUGUUCCAGAUCUCUCGUUGAGAUCAUAGGAUACAGCUGACGAGACUCGUUACUGCAAGGGCACUGUUUGUUAUCGUUUUGGUAAACAAUGAGGUCUGUGAUCCGAGCAGCUAAUCGUGUGAGGUCAAUUUACUGGCUUACAAAAGAGGGUGCAUUUGACGGGUGCAUAAGCAGGGGUGGAAGAUCUUUUGUCAAGCUGCAGAAAGCAUUAGCAUUUUCUAUGCCAUGUAGCCCUGUUUUGGAGAAACAAAUCAGUAUGGGUCUACAGCAUGCUGUAAUUUCAAGGACCUUACUGUUAUCUGCAGUCAAAAAUUAUAGCAGAGAUGCUUUAAUUGAUGCAACAGUGGAUAUGGAAAGAAGGGGUCCCUUAGUAGAGUAUGAAAGGAGAAUAGCAGCAGGAGAGCUUAUGGCAGGCGACAAAGAUCAGGAAGAGACCCUCAGGGUUCUUCAGAGGUUGUAUGAUGAGCUGAUGGAUGGUGCUGAAACCUGUGGAUUGGAAAGGUCUGCAUCUUCUGGUCAAGUUGGCAGGAGCUGGUUUUGGUCCAUCAUUCCAAAGACUUCUUUGUCACCUAUUCAUGGCUUGUAUCUAUAUGGUGGGGUGGGCACAGGAAAAACAAUGCUAAUGGACUUGUUUUAUGAGCAAUUGCCUGAAACUUGGAGAAAGAAAAGAAUUCAUUUUCAUGACUUUAUGUUGGAUGUGCAUAGCCGUUUGCAAAGACAUAAAGGUGUUAGUGAUCCAUUGGAUGCUGUUGCUGAGGAGAUUUCAAGAGAAGCAAUUUUAUUGUGCCUUGAUGAGUUCAUGGUAACAGAUGUAGCUGAUGCAUUGAUAUUGAAUAGAAUGUUUGGACAUCUUUUUAAUAAAGGAAUUAUCUUAGUUGCUACUUCCAACAGGCCUCCUGAUCAGCUAUAUGAGGGCGGUCUGCAGAGAAAUUUAUUCUUACCCUUCAUCUCACUUUUGAAGGAGCGAUGUGAAGUUCAUCCAAUUGGUUCAUCCACUGACUACAGAAAGCUCACUUCAGCAGAAAAAGGAUUCUAUUUCUGUGGUGAAGGAGCCUCUCAACUUUUGAGAGAAAAGUUCCGAAGUUUGAUAGGUGGAUGCAUUGCCACCCCAACAAGUGUAGAAGUUGUCAUGGGGCGAAAGUUACAGAUUCCAUUUGGAGCAAAUGGUUGUGCUUACUUUCAGUUCAAUGAUCUCUGUGGGAAACCUCUGGGUGCAGCAGAUUACUUUGGACUUUUCAAGCACUUCCAUACUCUUGCACUUGAAGGUGUACCCACAUUUGGGGCACACAACAGGACAGAAGCUUAUCGAUUCGUCACAUUAGUUGAUGUUAUGUAUGAAAACAAAGCCAGGUUUCUGUGCACGGCAGAGGCAUCUCCAAUAGAUCUCUUUGAACGGGUUCUUACAAUUGCUGAGGCAAAAAGGAUGGCACCAAGAACUUCAUCACGGUCAAGGAAGAAUGAUGAUGCAGAUAUCUGUGUUGACAAUGAAUUGGGAUUUGCAAAAGAUCGAACCAUUAGCAGAUUGACAGAGAUGAACAGCAAGGAGUAUUUGGAAGAACAUGCUUUAUACCUCAGCAAGAAAGAGACAUAAGAAGGUUUUCAGACUUGUGACGACAGAAGCUCCAAAAGAGAUUGAUUUAUUGCAGGCAUGAACAAUGAACCUAGGAAUAUUUAAGUUUGUAACCUCUCCCACAGAUAAUGUGAUGGUCACAAUUUGAAGCAAUUGUUCUGCAGGAUUUCAAAAGCAGUUAAUUUCAAGAACUAUAAAUGUGCUCUUUUCAAAUGGUGACAAAGCAACAAAGAUGCUAUCUCCUCAUCUGAGUUGCGCUUACAAAGUCACAAAACACCAUCAUGAAGUACUUUCUGUAACAUACUGAUUGUAUGAUGCUUGGCUGUAUGAGAAUUACAGUUGGAAAUAUAAGUUAACCUUAUCCUAAUUUAAUUUA